AUGUACGGCAGAGAUCCCAUCUUUUGCGUUGAUUUAAUUCUUGAUCCCAAAGUUAGAGAUCCUGUAGCAUUGAAUGACGAACAAGAAAUUAAACAAAAAUUGAUAGUUUCGCUACGAAGUGCUUGGAAAUAUGCAGCAGAAGCCAAUUUUGAGGCACAGCAAAGGUCAAAAACAUAUUAUGAUAGACUUAUUAGGAAUCCCACUGUAACAAUUGGAGAUAGAGUUCUUCUUCGGAAUUAUACUGGUAAAAUAGGCUCAUCCAAAAAGUUUCAUCUCCCUUGGAAAGGCGUCUUUAGAGUGAUUGAAAUUAAUGGGGUUCAUGUAACCAUAUCCAGUUGUAACUCACCUCAGUCUAACCCAAGAAUCGUUCACAUUAAUCAGUUAAAGAAGUGUAUAGAACCACUCCCGACUGAACCAGUUUGCACAACUCCUAGGUUAGAGGCAGAAGAGUUGGAAGCGUUAGAAGAAUCUGGUGCAGAGGAAAUAGUUAACAUGCCUGGAUUCUCGCACAGUAAAGUAGCUGAACCAAAUUUAGAGGUAGCAGAAGGUAGUCAGGUUGAAGUAGUAGGUCGCCAGGGACUAAGUAGAUAUAAUUUAAGAAAAAGUCCAAAACAGAAAAUACUUAUAAUUGCUUCGGCUAUCAAAUGGAUUUAA